AUGAUCCUCUCGUGUGCACCCUUAAUGGGCAAGAGAGUUCCAAUAAAAACUGUAACAAAGUACUUCACAGAGAUUUCUGAUGCUCUUUGUUAUAUGCAUGAUCAAGGCAUUGCUCAUUGUGACAUAAAAUUAUCCAACAUCCUGAUUGACUCCUUUGGGAGAGCUAAGUUAUGCGAUUUUGGUCUUGCUCAGUUCCUCAAAAAUGCAAAUCGCAUAAAUUCAACUAAAAUAAGAGGAACUUUAAGUUACAUGUCUCCAGAAAUUAUGGCCGGAAAGGGAUACGAUCCAUUCAAAGCAGAUGUUUAG